UUCGAGUCUCUGGUCACUCCUUCGACUCGGCAGUGACUCGGUUCGUCUGUUCUUCUUCUGAAACUGUGAACCAAACCCUAGGGGGCUCAAACGUGAAGCUGAAGAAUCACAGGAAAAUGGCUUCACAUUCUUCGAAAUUGCUUCUACUCCGAAGACUUACAAGAAACCUCAAACCUCCAUAUUCUUCUUCUUCUUAUUUUUCUCCGUCUACGAUCCGUAAAUCCUUUUUAUGUUCUUCUACGCGCCUUCUAGAAUCUUCGAAUUGUGCUCACACUCCUCCCUUCUCACUCCUUUCUAUAAGUUUCUGCUCCCGUCCCCUGAGUCACGACGGCGACCAAGGCCCAGCGCCCGUCGAUUACAGUUCUUUACUGCAGGAGGAGGAAUUUCACAAGCUAGCCGAUUCCACAAUACAUGACCUGUUAGAGAAAUUAGAGGAAUAUGGGGAUUCAGUUGAUAUCGAUGGUUUUGAUAUAGAUUAUGGGAAUCAGGUAUUAACCCUAAGGCUGGGGACUCUGGGCACCUAUGUGGUGAACAAGCAAACACCCAAUAGACAAAUUUGGAUGUCUUCCCCCCUGAGUGGUCCAUCCAGGUUUGAUUGGGAUCGGGAUGCUCAAGCUUGGAUUUAUAGGCGGACUAAGUCAAAUUUGUUCCAAGUUCUAGAAAGUGAGUUGGAGCAAUUGUGUGGUCAAUCCAUCAAUCUUUCUUAAAUCUCUUGUAAUCACCUUAACUUAUGGUGGAAAGUUUCUCCAGCAGAGUUGCCCAAUGGAGGUUUGUGAUUCGGUCAUCGAUUAGGCUAUAUUUGUUUCUCUCUUUUCUGUACUACAAUUAUACUAAAUAAACCAUGGGUUUCCAAUUUAGCCCCUAUCUUGAAUUCCAUAUUUUCAACUGUACUGUUCCUUAA